AUGGCAUCUGUUACUGAGGAAGCCCCUAUCAAGAAGGAGCCUCUUCUCAAGACCUUUGAGAUUUAUCGCUGGAACCCCGAUACUCCCACUGAGAAGCCUAGCCUUGUCAAGUACACCGUUGAUCUCAACUCUUGUGGACCCAUGAUUUUGGAUGUCUUGAUCAAGAUCAAGAACGAGCAGGACCCCACUCUCACUUUCCGUCGCUCUUGCCGUGAAGGUAUUUGUGGCUCUUGCGCUAUGAACAUUGAGGGUGGCAAUACUCUUGCCUGUAUCUCCAAGGUUGAUCGUAAUGUCUCCAAGUCCACCAAGAUCUACCCUCUUCCUCAUAUGUACAUUGUCAAGGAUUUGGUUCCCGAUCUUACCCACUUCUACAAGCAGUACAAGAGCAUUGAGCCUUACCUGAAGCAGAACACCCCUCCCCCUGCUGACAGAGAGAACCUCCAGACCAUUGAGGACAGAAAGAAGUUGGAUGGUUUGUACGAGUGCAUUCUCUGCGCUUGUUGCUCCACCUCUUGCCCCUCGUACUGGUGGAACCAGGAGGAGUACUUGGGUCCUGCCGUUUUGAUGCAGGCUUACCGCUGGAUGAUUGAUUCUCGUGAUCAGUUCGGCUACCAGCGUCGUGAGGCUCUCCAGAACCAGAUGUCGCUUUACCGUUGCCACACCAUCAUGAACUGUUCCAAGACCUGCCCCAAGGGUCUUCAGCCUGGUGCUGCCAUUGCCAAGAUUAAGUUGUUGAUGGCUACUGAGUAA